AUGCCUGUAGUAGACUCAAAUACAACAACAGCUCUUGGGGAUGAUUACAUGGAAGAUGAUCUCUUCGACUAUAAUGCUGAGAUUUCCGAUAUCGAUAUAUCAACUCGGGCGCCUACCGCUCCUGCCGAAAAAAAAGACACAUUGGGAAUUGAUGAAGAGGUAAAAAUUAGAAGAAAGAGAGUUACAGUAAAGUUAGACGAGGAAAGGCUCAUGUCAAGCCUGGGAAUACCAAAAUUGAGACAGGACGCUCCGAGAAAACUCAAAUUCAAGGGUAAAGGUCACGAGUACCGCGACACCGCCAGACUUCUCUCAUAUUACCAAUUUUGGGCGGAUGACCUUUAUAAGAAGGCAAAGUUCCGUGACACUCUCAAAAUCAUCGAGAAAUUGGGACACUCAAAAAGUAUGAAGGACCAACGACUGAAUUGGAUCGAAGAAAGUAAACGAAAAGAAAGACUUCUUCGGGUAGGGGCAGAAGACGGAGACGAAAUUCCUAGCGAAGAACCACGCAAGGAUGGGCCAGAUAAUCAAGACGACAGCGACCUCUAUAGCUUUCCUCAACAGCGAGUCACAGGGACAGAGACCCAGGGUGUUUCUAUUGGGCAAGCUCAUGCAAACCCAUCAGGCGCGUUGUUCCUGUCAGGCAGUGUAGAAGAUGGUAGCGAUGACGAGGAUUUCGGUGUCGGCCCAGAUGAUGAAGAGUUGGAUGCCUUAAUGAACAUGGAAAGAGCCACGGCUUCUGGAGAUGUUUCACUAGCACCUUCAAGGGAAGCAGGAAAGGAUAAAACCAACAAAUCGGUAAAUACCGCCCUUGCGGCAAGUACACCACUUGGAGAUGAUUUCGAGGAUGAAAUGGAAGUCAUGGCAGAUUUCGGGCCACCACCAGACUGGUAG